AGUGGUGAAUAUCACAAAAAACCAAAUAAUAGAAAUCCCGCAAUUUUACCAAUUUAUGGAGUAUUCGAAUGCAGCUUACAUUCCCGACGAAAAUGCUAUGGAUGUGGAUGCCCCUCAGCUCAGUGGCCAGAAUAUGACUGCCCAAGGUAACCCUACCGUAUCCGUAAAUGACGACAGAUUCGAUGUAGUAGUAGUGUCCAGUGUGGGUCUCCACGUAGAAGGCCCCAUACCAUUCAUAAACCCUGAAAUACCCGUAGAACAGCAUGCUAUAGUACAAAUAGAAUCUAAUGAUGUAGAGUCCAAUAGCGGCGAUACAGACCGCGUAUCACCCGCUAUAUCUGUAGCCAGCAGUAGAGCACCGUCUCCUGUGGAUUUGCCCGAAGAGAGCAACCAAAGCGAAUGCAUCAAUUCAGAGAAUGACGAGAAGGAGAGCAGGAAACGUUCCCUAAGCGAAGAUGACGAUGACGGUAGACUAUGCCCUAUUUGUCUGGAUAACUGGACCAACACGGGCGAACACAGGAUAUGUGCUUUGAAAUGCGGACAUUUGUUUGGGUACAAGUGCGUCAAUAGGUGGUUAGAGAGCCAGCAGAAGAAAUCCUGCCCGACUUGUAAGAAGCGGGUGAAUCGAAGCGAUUUAAGAUACAUUUAUGCAAAGAAACUGAUAGCGGUCGAUACUACCGAACUGGACGUAAUGAAACAACUCUUGGAUACAGCUGUGGAAGAAAAAAACAAAAUUCUUAUGGACAUUUCGAAAUACGCAUGCAGGGAACACAUGUUGAACCAAGAAAUAGCACAAUUAAAGAAACAAAUACAGGAAUUAACGAAUAACAGAUCGGAUCUACACUCGUCUCAGUCAAACGGCGGUGGCAGCAGCAGUUUUAACCCCCUCAACUCGAUCGUUAGACUUUUUAUGGAUAAAUCUCUAGAAAUCUGCAGGCAAGGCGGAUGUCGUGUAUUCGACGCUAACUGCCAACUGGACUUAAUAAUGACAUCGAUGAAAUCCCCCAACAGCCUCUUCUCCGGCUUCGGCAUCAGGAAAGUCAACAUUUCCCAGUACAAACCCCUCGCUUUCAUCCCACUCCACACCCUCCAAAUCCGUGACAUCACCUUCCACCCCGUCAAUAACUGGGUGCUGACUGCGUCCAUGGACAAAUCUUUCAAAGUUGUGGACACCAUCAGCAACAGCGUAAUGUACACGACAUCACAGCAAAUGCCGCUAUGGUCGUGCUGCUGGGACGCGGACAACCAAUACGUUUUGUACAUCGGCACUCAAUCGGGCGUUGUCGUGAAGUAUGAUGUCCGUACCCUCCACCAGCCCGUUUGUACGUUGGCGGUAACGGGUGAUAUGUCUCCGGUGGUCUCGGUAGCUUCGAUCCCGUCUAGUCCAGGCACGGAUUUGGUACAAGGAGGGGUGGUUUCCUGCAAGCUUAAUUCUUUAUGGGUGUUUGAGAAUUCCGGUAACGACCACGUACGUCACAGUCUUUCGUUGGAGGGACCGUUCGUGAGCAUGAAGUACCAGAGCGAAACGAAGCAGCUGCUUGUAUCGUCUCGACCUAACAAUCGCAUAUCCUAUUCGAGGCACACGCUGUGCACUCUAGAGAAGGUCAGUCCGUAUAAAAUGAACUGCAACGUCAUCCACUCCUUCCAAGGCGGCGGGAUGCAGAAAUUGCUAUCAAAGUCGUGCUUUCUCUCCGAUAAGCACGAGUAUGUCGCGGCACAUCACGAAUCGAGUAAAAGCGUUUAUCUUUGGAGUAUUAACACAGGCCAAAGGGUUUGUUCCGUACCGGCUCAUGACGCAGUGCUCGACUUGCGAGGGAUACAGAACCACAACGGUAAUUAUCUGGUUUCACUGACUGAAAAGAAAAUGGAAUUUUUCAAAUUCAACUAGUUACAAUUUUGAAGACUUAAACUAUAUUGCAUUUAUCGACAAUAUUUUUAUAUUACAUUUUUUUAUCCCAUAUUUUAAAUAAAUGUGAAUUUCCUCCUUCUAUUCUCUCAGAUAUUGUAAUACAGGGUGUUUAGAUGCUCACUCAAUUUGUGCUUUACUAUUCUUAAAAAUCUUGAUGUACAUAGGAAAUAAAAUGAUCAGUCUCAAGAUUUGUGCUCAUUGUUAUUACUCAUUGUUUCUCUAUAAUUUAUUUUGAUUUAUUAUAUAUUAUGGUAUUAGUAAAUAAAGACGUUUAAUAUU